ACUUAAUCGUGCAAAGAAUACUUUGCUAGCGUUUGAUUUCAACGUCCUGAUGUCUUCAUUGUGAAUUAAAGUAUUUGAAAUUUCUGCAAGAAUAUUUGGCGUGCUGAAAGCCUAAUGAUUUCAUUUUCUUGCUCUAACAGGCUGCGUUAUCAUGGUUCUUAGUCAGAUGACUCUCCGCCUGGUUAUCACAUGCUGUGUCAUGAAGCACAGAAACAUUGACCACAUUAUUUAAAUCCUGGAAUAAUUAGAGGCGUAUAAUGGAGAGCACACACUCUGUCCUCCAAUUGCACAAACCCAUUAUGGAGCUUUGCUACGUCAGCUUCUACCUUCCUGGGGGUAGUGUCAGGGGAUUCACAUACAAGCGCUGUGUAACUCGAGACAAAGCCAGAACAUGUUUUGAUAGCUGUUAUCGAAUCAAGGAGGAGACAGAGGCUGCAGAGCACAGGGAUCCACCUUACGAAAGCUUUACAGAGGCCUUAAAGGAAACCACAACCCAAAACAUCCUUACAGAACUGUAUAAGCUCACGGCUGCUAAAAACAGGUUGUUGGUCCAUCUACUUCAAGCCUCCAGGAAUCCAAAACUCAGAAUGGGUAAUCAGGAAGGUAAAUUUCAAGACCUGCCUCCAGGUUCUAGCAUCCCGGAGGAAGAUGUUUCUGGCCGUAUGGAUUUCCACGAGUCGUGGUCUGCUUCAAAUGAGAAAAAGGUUUCCUCGUCUAAGGUUAAAAAGAACAGGAGAUUCAGUAGGAGGAAGGAAAGUAUAGAAGACUUUGUGCAGAAGAAGACUAAGUGGAAAGGGGGUCCGGAGGCUGGAGCGAUGCAUACGAGAGACAAAGCAUUCGCAGCAAGGCCAUCUCUGACCAACUCUGUAGACUCCUUGUCACGCCCGAGACUGCAGUCUGUAGAGAACAAGGAGAGUUACACAACGGGUUCCUCAAUAAACAGUAUGCAGGGUAAGCUUUGUGAAAGCUCUGGGAUGCUGGGUACUGAAUCAGCGAUGGGCAGCUCGCUUUCUGUGUAUGAUAAUGAUGUAUUUGAUGAUUUUUCUCUGCUGCCUCAUAGCGACAGCCUUCUGGGUGAUCUGCAGGGAGUCAUGAAGAUCAUGCAGGAACAGAACAGUGCCCCCAUGAUUCAGGGCAGUAAAGCAGAAAGAAGAUGCACAGAGUAUAAUAACAGUGAAGAACCGGGUAGCAGGAGGGGCUCAAGGACCGUCGUAGCUAAAGUUCAGGAUAUCAGCCCCUGUGUUCAGAGAGUUGUCACCUCAUUCAGUUACCCAGAAAAUAGCGCUGAGGAUGCAAGGUGUGAAAAUGUCACCACUGUGGUAUCUGCUGUACCAAAUGAGUUUAUCUCUCAAGCAGAUGUGCUUAAGCUUUGUGAUCCUCCUGACAGAGAUCCGCAAUCCUUAAGAGGCAGUGAGACAGACCAGGAGGUGGACAGGGCAAGUGAGAGACACCUGGUCCUACCGCUUAAUGAUGGCGCAUUGGUGUCGCAUGGAUUUGUCAACAAAAGUCUCAUAAGAGUUCUGCAAAGUGACAGUGUGGAGGAGACUGAAUAUUGGUUGGGACAACUGGAUCACAAAGGAGACAGAGCUGCCGUGUGCCCCAACCUGCUGAAACAAGCAACCAAAUCUUUAAAUCCAGCAAAGUUUGUCCACCAGAGUACCAACAUCAAAGCCGAGGAGAAGCACCCCGCAUCCCUUUCUUUUACCUGUGAUGUACUUAAUGAAUCCAGCCAGCCAAGUAACAUCAUCAAACGAAAUUCUAUUUCCCCGUCUCCUUUAUCUUCCCGCCUUCCAAGCCCCCAGCUUCAUCACAGGAUUCUGCCGUUAUCCACCAAGCUGUCUGAGGACAUCACAGACUUACCCCAAAGGGACGUACAAUGGGAUGCCCCAUGUGACAAAAGCUCUUCAUGUCAGGCCUUGGGGACUAAAACUAAAGAUCCUACCUGGUCAGAGUAUUUAGCUUCUGAUGAGCAAAGACAAAACCAGUCUACAACUGUGAAAUACAGCACCUUACAACCAGAUCUACCUCCUCCAGGAGGAGGGGUGACACAGAGAGAUACUUUUGCUACAUCUCCCGGUUUCCAGUCUUGUGUCAAUGAAGACAUCUCCUGUGUGGGCGAUGCUAGGCCCGUUACAAACCGGGACAAGCCGGGGAAACCUGAUAGGAACGUGCUGCAUCUUAGUCUGGAGAUACUGAAAAGCUUCCACAACGCGGAAGAGAACGAUUUCACCCUGUUUUCAGCUGAAAGGAUCCGUCUGCCUGCCUGCCUGCAAAGCAAAGAAGUCAUUUUUAGCAUUGCUGGUUUUGCGAUACUGUAG